AUGGACUUUUUAUCGCAGACCUAUAUCGCCCUUCGUGGUCCAACAGGCGCUCCUCAACGCGCUGCUGUCCUUGCUUUGAAGGGUUUGGCUCGCAAUUGCAAGGAAGAUGUCGGUGAAAGGGCCCUUCCUGGUCUCCCCGAAGUCCUGCAGAAUGAUGUGGAAAUAGAUGCGGAAAUAGCGAAGGCCGUGCUCGAGACUAUUACCCAGCUCUGUGAACCCGAUGACGAUUCCAAGGACCUUACGUUGCAACACACGGACUAUGUUAUCGGAAACGAUCAGGCAGUUCAUGUUUUGUUCUCCCUCCUUGGUGACACGCACUUCUAUACCCGUUAUACGACACUACAGUUGCUCUCGGUGCUACUACAGAACCGCCGUUCUCAAAUUCAAGGAUAUUUCCUCAUGGCCCCUGCUGGUGCCACCAGUAUCAUUGCCGUCUUGGAGGAUAAGCGCGAGAUCAUUCGUAAUGAAGGUGCAUUUGAAAAGCUCUUCAAUACUGUCACACAUGAAGGCGGAUUGGAGGGAGGUGUGAUCUCACAGGACGCACUUCGAUGUGUCGACAGUCUACUUCGAUAUAAUAGUUCGAAUCAGAGUUACUUCCGCGAAACGUCCCUUUCAGCGUUGUUAUGCUCCCUCUUGCUCCUACCGUCCAACCUUUCCCUGCAAGAUUCAGCUCCACAAGACUUUGCACUGCAAUUUUGGGACUCACAAAAAGUGGUAAAUGUGUCACUGGUGUUUGGUAUCAUGGGAAUGUUAGUCGGGUCUAAAGGCAGCUUUCCUCAGAGCCAAGAACUAUCCGUCUUCGUGCGAGGUUUUGUCGAACUAGCCCUUGCAUCCAACGCACCAACAUAUACCAAGUCUCAGGCUCUCCAUCUCCUUCCUAGCACGUUGACUCUCCCGCUCUCGGAGGUGAUUUUGAUCCCCUAUAUGCCUGUGCCUGAGACACACGGAGAAGAAUGGGACAGACUAGAGCCGGCGUCCGCGCUUGAUGCACUUGUAGAGCUCGCACUCCACGGAGAGUACAAUGGGCUAUACAGUGAUGGUCGUACCAAGGAGGGACUUGAGCUAGGGAGCGCAGCUGUAAUUGCUUUUGAUAACUUUGUGCGGAAAGAGGAUAUCAGACAUGCCAUCGUGCAAGGGAUGCUUCCUCCCCAACAACCAAGUGAGGUUCCAAUGAUAUCGCCCCUUCUGCACACUCUCUGCCUCUCCCCGUCAUCCCCUCCCAACAUCGCUAACGUAACCUCUGCUCAUCUCGCCACACUCCUCUUUGCUCAUCUGCUAUUUGGCUCCCCAAGAGCAAAAACUUCCACCCGGUCUAUCAAGCCUUCUUCCAACAUUCCGGGAGAGACUUUGGGUCAAGGACCACUUUUUGUCCCUGCGGAUAGUACUCCAGCGCCAACGCCGCCGGGAGAGGACGAGGAAGAUGCCUCGCAGAGUUUGUUGCACCUCUUUGCCGAGAACCUCUCAUUGUGCUUCCUAUCUCAAGGGCUGAGGACGACCAUGAGGAACACGACUGCCUGCUUGCAGUGGCUCUGGGAUGACCCUAAAGCCGUAAGGGAAUUCUUAGAAGCCGGCGGGCUGGGCACAUUAGUGGAGCCUAUUAAUCAGACUUCUGAGUCGGAAUACCUCAUCCCUGGACUUUGUGCCUUUCUACUGGGCAUCUGUUAUGAAUUCAAUCGGGAACCGGGAGAGAUCGCUCGGCAUGUGCCUUUCAUCUCGCUACUGUAUCCCAUCAUCUCUCGUUUAGGCGUAGAUGUGCUUCUCGGUCAUAUGACUCGCGUACAAGAGCACGACUGGUUCAAGUCUAUCGCCCCUGAAUCCAUGGUACUCUGUUAUCCAUCCAAGGCACUCCAAAACACUCCACCCGCCGAACAGGAAGGCGAAAUCUGGCUCCACUGGUCUUUUGUUGACUUCUGGAAAUCAAAUCAACGUCCAAGUGCAGAGUCCGCGAUGCUCAUCAAUUCUCUCAAAGACGACAUUCGCUCUCAGGUGCAGGAGAUAGAUGCAUUGCAACUUCGUCUCAAGGAGCUAUCGGCUACUGAAGCUCGGGUACGUGGUCAUGGAUGUAUCUGGAUACUGCUGCUUACUAUGAUUAGUCGAGAGUUGGCUGACUCAGAGGCGCGUGUUGCGGAGCUUGAGGCUGAGUUGCAGACACCAGAUGGCAAGAAGAGGGAGGUCGAGAAGGAGCAGGUGGAUCUUCUGGUCCUCCUCGACAACCUGAGCACUAAGCGCAGACGAAACAAGCAGCGGAUGAGAGAAGCAGGCAUGGAAGUUUCCGGGGACGAGGCAGAUGGUGACAAUGACGAAGAAGAUGAAGAUCAGGGAGGUGAGGAGUAAAGUCCAGUACCGAUCGAGUUUUAUUUCUGCUAGGGCACUACCGCAUCUCAACAUCUCACUUUUCCAGAUCACCAGUGGCAUCGUUCUGAUUCGAAGUUCUCUUCCCUAUAACUAUUCCGACAUCACCGCGGUCAAUCCUUCCGAAUUUCAUCUCCAUCUGAUGUGAUCCUAAGGUACUUCAUGUCCGUGUGUUUUCUACUCAGAUCA